UUUCGUCUAUUGGUGCGUUGACCUUUUGGCGGGGACUGGUUUUCAUAGUUUCAAAUUUAGUACAAGGAGAGCGCUGUUUUAGUUAGGUGUUUCGUGGGCUAAGAAGUUCUGGUUUAUAGUUUUAAUUCCAGGUGGUCUUUGUCAAGCCGGUACAAAUCAAAAAGUAACAAUGGCUGAAGAACCACUGAAGAGCUUGUUCGAUAACAAGCAGAAGGAGAAGUCUAAGAAGAACGAAAAUAGGCUUUCGGUUGAGAGGAUCUACCAGAAGAAGACCCAGCUUGAGCACAUCCUCCUCCGACCUGACUCCUACAUCGGCUCUGUGGAGCCCGUCACGCAGCAAAUGUGGGUGUAUGAUGAAGAUGAGGGACUGAACUCUCGUGAUGUCUGCUUCGUACCGGGGCUGUACAAGAUCUUUGACGAGAUACUUGUGAACGCCGCGGACAACAAGCAGCGAGACAAGGGCAUGUCCUGCAUCAAGAUCAAUAUUGACCCUGAGAACAACCUGAUCAGUGUGUGGAACAACGGGAAGGGGAUCCCUGUGGUGCAGCACAAGGUAGAGAAGGUCUUUGUUCCAGCCCUUAUCUUCGGACAGCUCCUCACCUCCAGUAACUACGACGACGACCAGAAGAAAGUAACCGGUGGACGUAACGGUUACGGAGCUAAGCUCUGCAACAUCUUCAGCACCAAGUUCACGGUGGAGACUGCGUGCAAGGAGUCCAAAAAGAGUUUCAAGCAGUCCUGGUACGACAACAUGGGCCGGACCAGUGAUUCCACGAUCAAGGCCUUUGAGGGCGAAGAGUUCACCUGCAUCACCUUCCAGCCUGACCUGGCCAAGUUCAAGAUGAGCACGCUGGACAAAGACACGGUGGCCCUCAUGACGAGGCGAGCCUACGACAUCGCCGGCGCCUCCAAGGGCAUCCGCGUUAUCCUCAAUGGCAAGAAACUGCCCGUGACCGGGUUCCGCAGCUACGUGGACAUGUACCUGAAGGACAAGAUGGACGAGACGGGCCAGCCACUCACCGUGGUCCAUGAGGUGGUGAACGACCGCUGGGAGGUAUGCCUCGCCAUGAGCGAGAAGGGCUUCCAGCAAGUCAGCUUCGUCAACAGCAUCGCGACCACCAAGGGCGGGAGACAUACCGACCAUGUGGCCGACCAGGUGGUCUCCAAGCUCAUCGACGUGGUGAAGAAGAAGAACAAGGCAGGGGUGGUGGUGAAGCCCUUCCAGGUGAAGAACCACCUGUGGCUGUUUGUCAACUGUCUGAUCGAGAACCCCACCUUCGACUCUCAGACCAAGGAGAACAUGACCCUGCAGCAGAAGAGCUUCGGCUCCACCUGCUCCCUCAGCGACAAGUUCAUCAAGCAGGCGACAGCAUGCGGGGUGGUUGAGAGCAUCAUGAACUGGGUGAAGUUCAAAGCCCAGACGCAGCUCAACAAGAAGUGCUCCGCUGUCAAGCACUCCAAGAUCAAGGGUGUGCCCAAGCUGGACGACGCCAACGACGCCGGUGGGAAGAACUCGUCCGGCUGCACGCUGAUCCUCACCGAGGGGGACUCGGCCAAGACGCUGGCCGUGUCCGGGCUGGGAGUGGUUGGCCGGGACCGCUACGGGGUCUUCCCUCUCCGGGGAAAAAUGCUCAACGUACGGGAGGCCUCUCACAAACAGAUUAUGGAGAACGCUGAAAUCAACAACAUCAUCAAGAUCCUGGGUCUGCAGUACAGGAAGAACUACAGUGACCCAGAGUCCCUGAAGAGCCUGCGCUACGGAAAGCUCAUGAUCAUGACAGAUCAGGAUCAAGAUGGCUCCCACAUCAAGGGCCUCCUCAUUAACUUCAUCCACCACAACUGGCCCUCUUUGCUGCACCAUCCCUUCUUGGAGGAGUUCAUCACACCCAUCAUCAAGGCCACUCUGAAGAAGACAGUGCUGUCUUUCUACAGUAUCCCAGAGUUUGACGAGUGGAAGGACAACCAGCCCAACUACAAAUCUUGGAAAGUGAAAUACUACAAAGGUUUGGGUACCAGCACGUCGCAGGAAGCCAAGGAGUACUUCUCAGACAUGCAGAGACAUCGCGUUACCUUCAAGUACAGUGGCCCUGAAGACGACGAAGCGAUCACCCUGGCCUUUAGCAAGAAGAAGGUGGACGAGCGCAAGGUGUGGCUCACCAACUUCAUGACGAACCGGCGUCAGCGCAGGGAACACAACCUGCCUGAGGAGUACCUCUACGGCAAGGCCACCAAGUCCCUGUCCUACAACGAUUUUGUCAACAAGGAGCUGGUGCAGUUCUCCAACUCGGACAACGAGCGCUCCCUCGCCUGCCUGGUGGACGGCUUUAAGCCGGGCCAGAGGAAGGUGCUGUUCAGCUGCAUCAAGAGGAACGACAAGCGGGAGGUGAAGGUAGCCCAGCUGGCCGGCUCGGUGGCAGAGAUGUCUGCCUAUCACCACGGAGAGAUCUCUCUGAUGAUGACCAUCGUCGGCCUGGCUCAGAACUUUGUGGGGAGCAACAACUUGAAUCUGCUGCAGCCCAUGGGUCAGUUCGGCACUCGGCUCAACGGCGGCAAGGACUCUGCCAGCCCUCGAUACAUCUUCACCAUGCUCAGUCCUCUGACCCGGCUGAUCUUCCCCCCCGUGGACGACAACCUGCUCAAGUACAACUACGACGACAACCAGCGGGUGGAGCCCGAGUGGUACAUCCCCAUCCUGCCCAUGGUGCUGGUGAACGGCGCGGAGGGCAUCGGCACCGGCUGGGCCAGCAAGAUCCCCACCUACGACGUCCAGGAGAUCGUCGGCAACCUGAACCGCAUGCUGGAUGGCCAGGAGCCCCAGCCCAUGCUUCCCAGCUUCAAAGGGUUCCGCGGUGGUGUAGAUCAACUGGAGGCCAACCAGUACCUGAUAAGUGGAGAGGUGGCCAUCCUCGACUCCACCACCAUCGAGAUCUCCGAGCUGCCAGUCAAAACCUGGACGCAGACCUACAAGGAGAACGUUCUGGAGGCCAUGCUGAUGGGCACGGACAAGAUUCCCGCUCUGAUCACAGACUACAAGGAGUACCAUACGGACACCACAGUGCGCUUCGUGGUCAAGAUGGCGGAGGAGAAGCUGCUGGAGGCCGAGGCGGCCGGCCUCCACAAGGUGUUCAAGCUCCAGAACACGCUCACCUGCCACUCCAUGGUGCUGUUUGACUACGCGGGCAGCCUGCAAAAGUAUGAGUCGGUGAUGGACAUCCUGAGGGAGUUCUUCAAGCUCAGGAUGAAGUACUACGGCCUGAGGAAGGAGUGGCUGCUGGGCAUGCUGGGCGCAGAGAGUUCCAAGCUCAGCAACCAGGCCCGCUUCAUCCUGGAGAAGAUCCAGGGCACCCUGGUCAUCGAGAACAAGCCCAAGAAGGAGCUGAUCUCCAUGCUGGCGGAAAUGGGCUACGACUCAGACCCGGUCAAGGUCUGGAGGGGCGCUCAGAAGACUGAGGAAGAGAUGGAGGGCAGAACCGGUGAUGAUGAGGAGAAGGAGGACACCACUGGGCCGGACUUCAACUACCUGCUGAGCAUGCCCAUGUGGUACCUCACCAAGGAGAAGAAGGAGGAGCUGUGCAGGCAGAGAGACGCCAAGAUGACUGAGCUGAACACACUCGAGAAGAAGACUGCCCCUGAUCUGUGGAGAGAGGACCUUGCUGCCUUCAUGGAGGAACUUGAGCGUGUGGAGCAGCGGGAGAAGGAGGAGAGCGCCUCGGUGCCGGUGGUGAAGGGCAAGACGGGCCGGGCCAAGCCGGUGAAGGUGAAGCAGGAGACGAUGCCCACGCCGCAGGGCCGCCGCGUCGUCCCGCGCAUCACCACCGCCGUCAAGGCUGACGCCAGCCGCAAGGCGGGCGAAGCCAAGCGCGGUCGCAAGGUCAAGACUGAAGUGGCGAUGAAGAUAGAGUUUGACGGGGAGCAGGAGAACACACUAGAGUCCGUUCCGCUGGCUAAACGAGUCAAGGCCAGUGCCAAGGAGAAGGCUACAUCCAAGACUGGCAAGCAGACCAAGGCCCCCACCAGGAAGAGCCCCUGGUCCAGCGAGGCGCCGUCUGAGUCCGGCAGCGAGAUGGAGGUGUCUGCAGAGAUGGACGAGCCUGUGGCCCCAAGGGACAUGGUUGAGCGAAAGAGCAAAGCUGCCGUCAAAUACAGCCUGUCGGACAGCGAGGACGAGUUUCACGACUGGAAGAAGGCCAGCGCCCCCAAGCCUAGGGUGUUUGAGAGCGACGACGACUCCUACCUGCCCGAGCCCAGCGUGGCGGUGAGCGAACCCACGACGGUCAAGGAAGACGAGAGCAAGUCGAGCUCUCAGUCUCAGUCUGACAGCUCAAAGCCCCCAGCCAAGUCCAGGGCCAAGACGGCAGCUCCUAAGAAGGCCCCCGCCACCAAGAAGGCCCCUGCCGCCAAGAAGACCCCCGCCACAAAGAAGGCCCCGGUGGCCAGAAAGAAGACUGCAGACGCAAAACAGCCCUCUAUCAUGGACGCCAUGACCAAGGCCAAAACGGUAUCCAAGACCGCAGCCAAGUCUAAGCUGUCGGCCGACUCCAGCGACGAUGAGGCCCCACCCAAGGCCCUGCCCACCAAGGUGAAGCCCCCUGCAAAGCGCAAGCAGAUCAGAGACAGCGACUCGGAAAGCAACGACUCGGGCAGCGAGUCCGAUAACCUCAUGGCGCGCAUCCGCGGCAAGACCACCACCGCCGCAGCCAGUAAGAAAGCCAAGAAGUGGGAUGAUGACAGCUUCAGGGUAUCUGACGAGGAGGAUGCCGCUUCGGUUGCCGUGGCAGCGAGAGACAAGCCCUCGCGCACCAAGAAGCCUAUAUCAUACAAGUUGGACUCUGACUCGGAUGAAGAAUUUGGGUUUUAAUGGGGAUUCUGAAUUUCAAAGUUCUGGUCAUAUAACCUGUUUUUUUAAAGAUGAAAUGGCCUGCAAUCAAUGUUUUGGCCCCCUGUUUAAAAAAAAAAAAAGGUUUGUAAUGGUUUAAUGCUUAAUUGUUUUCUGUUUAGUUCUUGUAAAUAUUUCAGUGGUUGUCUGUUUUACACAAUAAAUGCAUUUAUACGGUUAGGACUGGACUUCAAGCA